UCUUCCUGCCAUCCAAAUCCGUGGAAGGCCUCCACAAAAUCUUUGUAGCCAAGCUGGUCUUGAGGUCAACCCCCACUUGCUGCCAGCUUGAAGCUCCACGAUACCAUGUUCCAACUUUGAAACAGUCAUGGAAAUCUCACACCGCUUUCCCCAUUACCCCGCACACAACCUUGUGAGGGUGAAGAUAAAGAAACCAUAAACAUCUCAGUGGACUGUUUCAACUGUUCUUGUGAUCCCUUUCCAUCUUUAUUAGUUCUGAUUCUUUUUCAGUCUAAAUCCAAUAGGAAUUAUGACUGAUAACCUGCACCAUGGUCAAUCGCCGACGACCUUCUUGCCAUGGCUAUUUAUGCUCGUACCUCGCCAUGUACAUCCUCAUGCAUUUCACGUGCCUUCUCCCCUUCGUUUGCCUGCGUAUAUAUACACCCCUCAUGCCGUGCCCUCCAUCCACUACCUUCGUCCCUUUCUCAGAGAGAGAGAGAGAGAGAGAGAGAGAGAGAGAGAGAGGAUGGAGAAGAGUGGGACGCCCAGGGUGGCGAUAAUAGGGGGAGGAAUCAGUGGCCUGGCGGCGGCGAAGGAGCUGCGCUGGCUCGAGCCGGUCCUUUUCGAGGCUACGGACUCGAUCGGAGGGGUGUGGAGACACUGCUCCUUCCGCUCCACCAGGCUGCAGACGCCGCGGCCGGACUACGAGUUCUCCGACUACCAGUGGGCGGACCGGAACGACCCCACGUUCCCAACCCACUCCGAGAUAUUGGAGUACCUGCACGGCUACGCCACGCACUUCGACCUGUGGAGGUUCAUCGAGCUCGAGACCAAGGUGGUGGAGAUCCGCUUCGUCGGCCACGGCGAGACGAAGACCGGCUUCACCGAUCUCUGGGGCGACAAGGGACGGCCCAUCGCCGACGGACCCGCGUGGGAAGUCGGCGUGGUGACCCCCCGUUCCAACACCGUUCAGUGGUGCAAGUUCGAGUUCGUGGUUAUGUGCAUCGGGAAGUACGGCGACGUCCCCAACUUGCCGACGUUUCCCCGUGGGAAGGGGCCGGAGACCUUCCUAGGGAAGGUAUUGCACUCGCUGGAUUACUGCAAGCUCGACGACGAAGCCGCCAAAUCACUGAUGAAGGGUAAGAAGGUCGUCAUCAUCGGCUACAAGAAGUCCGCCAUCGACCUCGCUGUCGAGUGCGCCGAAGCUAACCACGGGAGCGAUGGUCAACCUUGCACCAUGGUGAUAAGGACUCUUCACUGGACCGUUCCCUCUUACUCCAUAUCGGGUCUGCCGUUCUUCCUGUUCUUCUCGACGAGGCUUUCUCAGUUCCUCCAUGAAAGGCCAAACCAAGGUCUCUUCCGGUCUCUUGCCUGCCACCUCUUGUCCCCCUUGAGGAGAGGCGUGUCGAGAUUUAUCGAGUCCUCUCUGACAUGGAAGCUGCCGCUGGAGAAGUAUGGGCUGAAGCCAAACCAUCCUUUCGUGGAGGACUACGCCUCGUGUCAGAUGGCGAUCUUGCCGGAGAACUUCUUCGCGGAGGCCGACGAGGGGCGGAUCGCGUUCAAGAGGUCGUCGCGGUGGUGCUUCUGGGAAGGCGGGGUCGUCUUGGAUGACAACACCAAGCUGGAGGCUGAUGUCGUGCUCCUCGCCACCGGAUUCGACGGCAAGCAGAAACUGAAGUCGGUGCUUCCGGAGCCUUUCCGCGGACUCAUCGUGGACUCAUCCGGUGUCAUGCCGCUGUAUAGGGGAACGAUCCAUCCUCUCAUCCCGCACAUGGCGUUCGUGGGGUACGUCGAGAGCGUGUCGAACCUGCACACGUCGGAGCUACGGUGCAAAUGGCUGGGGCGGCUGCUGAGGGGGCACUUCAAGCUGCCGGGGACGGGGGCGAUGUUCCGGCAGACCGGCGCGGAGAUCGACGUGAUGAAGAGGACCACCAGGUUCUACCGCCGCCAUUGCAUCUCCACCUUCAGCAUCAACCACAGCGACGACAUGUGCGAGGAGAUGGGAUGGAGCUCAUGGAGGAAGCGCAGUUGGCUCGCCGAGCUCUUCAGCGCAUACAACAACCAGGAUUACAAGGAAGACGAGAGCCAGUAAUGGAUCUUCUGCUACAUCACCUCUCUCAUGUCAUCGGCUACAAACCAAGCAACAAUUAUGUUUCUUUGAUGCGAAGAUUGAUCUUAAUAAUAAGAGUGAUGUCGAGUGAAGAAAUGGCUUCAAGCAUUUCUGGUUGCCAUUAAUUGAAGAGAUGGGUCGGUGAAGAACCACUACAUGAUUUCUAAUCCGAGUUGGGGGAAGCUAAAGCUGUUUGAUUCUUGUCAACCUGUGUUCCUCUGCCGGAGCAGACUGAUGUCAGCUACAUCACCGAAUGCUCAGUUGAUCAGCCAAUUGU